UUCGUUUCAUACGACGCACUAACGUCGCAUUUAAUUGGUUCAAUUAAAUUCGUCUGAAUUAAAUUCGACGAUAGUGCGACGUAUGAAACGGGCCUGUCGAACAACUGACGAAUUUAAUAACGAAUUAAAUUCGUCUGAAUUAAAUUCGACGUAUGAAACAGGCCUGAGACUCCGCUACGCGUCGUGUUUUAUAUGUGAUAAAACACUCCUACUCGUUUAUUAAACAGUACUUAACUUAUAAGUUACAGGAUUUAUAUAAGAUAAAGGAUAGCGUAAAGGAUUAUAGUAGGAUUUAUUCCAGUUAAAGGAUUUAAUUCAUACUUAUAGGCUAAGUUCAAGGAUAACAAUCCUACUGCAUUGCCAUUGCGUCGUAAUUUUGAACCAUAUUUAAUCAAUGGUUUGUUCUCAAUAUAUACCAUACACUUUAAAUAUACCAUACACUUCACAUAUGAUGGAGAAACAGAAACAAGUACCAGUAUCGGUCAUACGCAAUAUACAUGUAACAUGCGUAUAUGUAUUUAGUUCAUUCCUAAGAUAAAAUAAUUAAUGAGGAAUGUGAUACUUGAGUAGCGACAUAUGAAUAUUCCUCAUAAUUAUUUUUCUUUUGUCUUAUGUUUUAUUACGCAUGCCUAUUCGAUCUACAAUGAAAGGUGAUAGCUUUUCGAGCGCGCACACUUGGGGGAGAUGUUCAUUCGUGACUGAAAUUAUUCAACAUGUUGAAUAUUCGGUGCCGAUGGCACGCGUGGCUGAAAUCGCUCAAAACGCCACCGCACACUGGGGGAACUUGCUUACGCCAACAGUCACGAGUGACGCUCAGCUCAGCUGAUAUCUCCAGUGUGCGCCGGGCUUUAUUCUCGUUUGACCAGAUAUAAACUUGUUGUGGGGAGUCGUUAAUUCCAGGGAAACCCCCAAGCACACUGCAGCACGGUUGUGUCGACUUCCGCUGGCGCGCCAUAUAUAAAGCUGGCACACGCUUGUAUACCUGUAAAUGGAAAGUACAUCUUGACGUGCAUGUUAAGCCGCGGUUCUUCCUCAGGUACAAAGCGGUAAACAUUAUAGAUUCAAAAUUGAAAUCGUAAAUAUUGCUGGAGAAUAGAGACAUUUUAAUUUUAUCUUUCAUUAUAGAUAUGGCUGCAAAUGGCAAUGACAUCGAAUUUGUCCAACCGUUGCAAGACGAGUUCAAAUGUACUUUUUGCAAAUUAGUUUUGUGCACGCCAUUCCAGACGAGCUGUGGCCAUCGGUACUGCGAACGAUGUAUUAAAGAAAACAUAUUGACAUCGUAAGUUACUUAGUUUUAUUCUUAAGGUCUACUUUCUAGUGCUCUUGUGGUAAUUUUACGAGUGCAAUCUAGCACUGGUAUAAACAUUAUGUAUUUAUUGUCUUGUAUAUAUGUAUACAUAUGGACUUUUAUGGGACAAUUGUUGAUGUUGUUCUUAUUUUCCCACAAAGAGGUUUUAUUUUAAUUUAUGUUUAUAGCGGUUCUAAAAUGUGCCCUGAGGAUAACACUGUCAUUUCAAUGGAACAAAUUUUCCCAGAUAAAUUUUGUAACCGUGAGAUCAUGAAACUACAAAUCUUCUGUUCGAACAAACAUCGAGGCUGCAAUUGGACGGGUCCUUUGAAAUUUUCUAAGGUAUAUGUGUAAAUUCUAUAUACCAAAAGGUAUUUAUUAUUGACUGCAGUUUUUCAUCACUCUGAUGCGCUUGUACGCGUUCGCCAUGUGGAAUUCACCAUUUGCUCAGCACUACACACGCAAAAAUCUCACAUCUUGCAACAAGUCUGCCAACAAGCCGUCAACAAGAUGUAUUCGCACUGCUUGUCACAAGUUGUCAAUAGGUUUGGAACAACUUGUAACAACCUUGUUGAAAUUAUCAGACUUGUUGCAAGGUUGUUCUGACAAGUCCGUUACAUGCUUGAUAUAACAAGAUUGUUACAACCUUGUGAUGACAACCUUGUAACAUCCUUGUUAUAUCAUGGCUGUAACAAACUUAGUGUUAGCACAGUCUUGUAACAAGGCUGAUAAUGCCAUCAAGCUUGUUACAAGUUGUUAACAGCUUGUUCCAAACUUGUUCCAACAAACUGGGAACAAGCAGUGCGAACACAACUUGUUGACACCUUGUGAACAGACUUGUAACAAUUUGUUUGCAGACUUUGUUACAAACUGUGCGUAUUUUACGCGUGUAGUCUUAGCUCGCCUUGUGCGCGUGAAUUUCAAUGAGUUUUUGGACACAUGCAACCUUGAGCUGAAAAUCAAACAUGUUUGAUAGACAUAGCCAUAGGGUCUGGUUUUAAAAUAUAUGUUCAUUGUUUCAAAUUAGAAUUCUAAAGUAGUACGGUAAAGGUCGAUUUACACUACACAACUUUUACCUAAAACUGUCGCAUGCAAGUGAUGCAACCUGCUUACAACUUGAGUUGUACUGUGUAAAUCAAUUUCUUACUCAUAUACUCGUUCAUCAUACGUUUUCACUUCCGCGUAUAUUCUUUCACAAUAGGAUCAUCAAUCUGAAUGCCCCAAACAUUUGUUGGUCUGUCCGAAGGGAUGCGAAGCAAUUGUGCCUCGUUCGGAAAUGGAAAACCACUUUGCAUGUGCUUGUCCAUGUGCGGAUACAACCUGUCCAAUGGCUGGCCAGUGUGAUUUUCAGGUAGGGUAAAAAACUAUGACUCUAUGACUACAGGUGUAUGUUAAUGAUAUAAUGUGUCUGGACAGUAAAACCCCCCGCUUUAUUUUAAUCUAAGAACCGGUGGAUAUUAAGAACCUGUCUGAAUCUUAUAGACAAUCAAAUUUAUGAAGGUUUAACUUUUGCACUUGAGCUGACGUGGAUUAAAUUACAUGUUCAAAGAAAAGGCAGUUAAAAUAGAUUUCCUUAGCUUCGUAUGCAAAUUGUCAACUGUUUAUUUACACUUUUGAGCGAUGGUUUCUUUUCAGUUUAAUGAUAUUCGGUUACGAAGCGAUGCAUUCUGAUUAGAAUGACAAUGAAACCCAAAUAUUACAUCUCUCAAAAGUAUAAAUAUUAUUAAAGUGGGCAAUUUGCAUACCAAACUUGAGGAGGUCUAUUAAACUCAAUACUACGUGCUUAUCCAAAACAUACUGUCUUGUUCAGACUUCAAUACUCGAAAAGACAAAUUUUAUGAAAUUUAGAGGCUUUAAAUAGCAAUUAUUAUAGUAUAAAUCUAAAAUCUAAUAUAUAUGGAAGAAUACAAUUUAACAUGCUAAACCAGUAACACUUAUUUAACUAAACUCCAAUCUUAUUUGCUGGGUGUCAGUGCACUACUACUAUUAGCACUAUAUCCCCCCCCCCCCCCUAAUGGUGGAGGGUGCACCCACUAUCAGAUGAGCAUGUAGGAUAUAUGCCCCUGUACUCAAACAUUAAUGCCAUGCCCAUCAACAUAUAUAAGCGUACAGGGCUGUCAAUGCUUUUCAGAAGUUUGCCAAUUUUUAUGCAUGAUUGUGAUGAAAUAACCUGAAUUUAACAUAUAAUCAAAUCUGCCCAAAUUUUCUUGAGUUUUCUUAAGCUUUUCACCAAAUUUCCAUGGUUUUCUAAAGUUGUUUUUUUUUGUGGGAUGGGGGGAGUUGCCCCUCCCCCUGUCUCAUAUGCCUACAUGGCUAUAAAUCUCCCCUUGAUAAGUGAAAUAAUUUGUCGUUAAAUAGAGUAAAAUAAUACAAAGGUGCAUUACAUGUGAUGCUUUUUUUUGUUGGUUAAAGUUAAACCAAAGAUGGGCUAAGGUGAAAUCUUUCUUUUACACCUGGUUAAAUGGCUAUAUGUUUUUUUACGGUCAAUUUAUAUUAAAUAUUUCUGACAUUAAGGGUUCUAGAGCUGAACUCAGGGAACAUCUGGCAAAAAAGUAUGUUGAACAUACAUUUAUGGUUAAAGAUAAAAUGUCAGCAAUGCAGUCUGACAUUGAGAUGGUAAGAGAACAACAAGAAGUUUUCAUGACAAAUCAGCAGGAUGAAGUUCUUACUCUUCGCAAUGAUGUUGCUAAUUUGCGUGCUUUGUUUGAAAGCCAAUUGUAAUGGGCAUGCAAAUGCAGUUUACACACUGACAAAGUGAGUCACUCUCAUAAUUUUCCUGCAUUCUAACUUUUAGAUAGUUUUCAGAAAAUGUGUUGCAAGAUGAAGCAAAAAUUGUCUUGUGCAACAUGGUCUUACAAUGACCUUAAAGUUUUGAGUGUAUUAUUACAUGUAUGAUUACCAGUAGACCUGUAGUGUAAAUAUGAUAAUUGUAAAUUUAUGAUUUAUAGCUUGACAAAAUUUUACAUGGACUAUAUUAUUUUUGGGGGAUUUUAUAAUUUUAUAUUUACUCAUUUGUUAGAAUAACCACA